GCCGCCGGUUUGUCCGAACCGGGACCUACCGCCCUCAUCCCAAAGACGGGCCUCAGCAUUCUCAGGGAAACUGAGUCUGAAGUGCUCAGCACCGAGCAGCACGCAGCGAGUGACGUCUCUUCCGAGUAGUUGGGUGUUCUGACUGCAGCUGGCUAGUUUGAGCUGCAGUUUUCUGUUUUAACAAUCGCAUUUAGGGCGUCUCUGUUGACAUAACUUGGUCUCUGAGCUCCUCAAAGAAAGACUUUAAAAAGUGUCAUGGCCACACUUAGUAGAAAUUGAGUUGUGGUAUUGCUAGUGACUUCCUUUGGCUUUUCUUGGUCGCUUAAAGUAGCAGCUCUCAUGAAGGACCCACGUGGAAGUAACAAUGUUUGGCUGCUGGGCACGUUUGUCCUCUAGUCUAAUCGGUCUCCGGAACAAGCAAGGACUCAAGCCAGAAAAACGAGCCUCCACUUCGUUUAGGUUCCAGCCACUUGAUCCCCUUUUCAUAGUCUGAUAUUGCCAUAGUUGUAUGUUUGUAAGUACCUUGAAUUCAUUAAAUGGUAUGUGUUUUACAGGACGAAGAUGAGUGGAAAGAAUUUGAGCAAAAAGAGGUGGAUUACAGCGGCCUCCGAGUUCAGGCAAUGCAAAUAAGUGAAAAGGAAGAAGAAGAUAAUGAAAAGAGAGAAGAGCCAGGUGAUAACUGGGAAGAAGGUGGAGGAGGUGGUGGUGGCGGCAUAGAAAAGUCUUCAGGUCCCUGGAAUAGAACAGCUCCAAUACAAGCACCUCCUGCUCCAGUAAUUGUUACAGAAACCCCAGAACUGGCGAUGACAAGCGGUGUAUAUAGGCCUCCUGGGGCCAGGUUAACCACAACAAGGAAAACACCACAAGGACCACCAGAAAUAUACAGCGAUACACAGUUCCCUUCCCUGCAGUCCACUGCCAAGCAUGUAGAAAGCCGGAAAUGCAUAAGGGGCUUCAGUGAGAGGGCAUUGACUCACCAUUCAUCUUUCUUUACCUGAUCUGAUCCACUCCCACAAAAUAGAAAUACUGAGCCUUCGUAAGGGUUGACUACCUCAGAUUUGCUGCAUUCAUUGUGGACUUCAUGUGGAUCACCACUCCUGGAUAAGAAGGUUACAGCUAUUAAGUGUCUGUGAAACUUGAAACCAGCUCUCCUGGAUUCCUAUCAGAAAUCCUGCCGAAAGUCAGCCAUCUGGGUUCUGAUCUGCUGUAAAAGACGAAGAUUUAAGUGACCUUAAUUAACCUGUCCUGUGCCCAACCCUUAAGGAAUACUUUCUAUAGUAGGCUGUGGCUAUAUUAGACUUCCUGGAACAUGCCACUCGCAAAAGAACUGAUGUGUUCAGAUAAUCUGUGUAGGGCUGUGAUUUAUAAUUUAAACCUUAAAGUUGUAUUCUGAGGUAACCACAAAUUAAAUUAAACCAAGCUUGAUUCCACCAAGUGGGAAAGGGGAUGAAGAGGGAAUAAUCUUAUUUCUUUUAGUAAUUUUUUUAUUUGGGUAGUGCUUUUUCUGUGUUCUACAAAUAAGGCCUUUUUUUUUUUUCUUUUUUUUCUUUUGCUUUGACUUGGAAUAAGUUUUUUGACAGCAUAUUGUUUGGUUAAGCAACCUGAAACAUGCAUUAGGAUUGUGAGGUGUUACGUGAAUUUGCCAACCCCUUAGAGUGGAACCAAAAAGCCUUUGAUACAAAGGACGGUGGAUGCUACAGGGUGCGGGGGGCCUCUACUUCGGGUGCUGCUAAAGCCUCUAGUUGGGUCUAAAUUGUGUAUAAAAUGGCAGGCUAACGGAUUCACUAACCUGUCUUUAUAAAUUCAAAGUAACGUGAGCAGAACUUUGCCGAAAACCCAUUUAAGUUCCAUGAAUCUUGUGUGAUCUUUUACAAGAAUUCCAGAUACCAUACUUGUGCCCUAUUUUUAAAGUUCUGGACAGUCUGUAGAUGCAGUGAUUGUCCCAGCAAGCGCUAUUAUCAACAUUUUGGUGCGUCUUUUUGUUGUCCAUUUGGGGAGUCAGAGACAAAAGACAGGUGAUGUAGCACUUCUGUUUUUAAUAAUUACAGCUUAAACUAUCCAGGAAUUUUCAGUCCUUAAAAGGGACCUGAAGAAGCUACGCACAGUUACUGAAAAGUUUCUUCCAUCUAACAAGAUAUUUUGGUAAUUUUCUAGUUUUGUCGUUUUGGUUCAGUAGAAAUAUUUCAAAGUGGUGUGUGACCACUGGAUGCAGAGUCUGGGUUUCUCUAUGAUAAAUCCCUUUGCCAAAUGCAGGAGUGAAGAAAUGGGUGCAACUAUCCUGAUAGGGGAACAUAUUUUCCUAUAGGAGUUUAGUCUUGAUGAAAAUGUCAGUCAGGGCUUCAGACUGGUUCUGUCCAGUUCAGUCAUGGCUGAGGGAACAUCCCUGGAAUAGACCUGAAUUUUUUAAGUUACAGUGAACCAGAAAGAUAGCUGGAACAGGAAAAAUUACAGGUCGAAGCCCUGCUAGAAACGUAACCUCCCUCUUAGCAAACAAGGGCAGCCAUAUGCAUUGCAUAGCAACCAAAUCUCUGGCCCUCAGAUUUUAAGCACAGUCUGAAGCGGCGCUAGCCUGCUAAAAGAUGGCCGGUGACCAUGCCAGUUUGUGUGUUACUCCCCUCUUCCAAGUCAGGGUUUCGACCUCUGAUUUCUCCCAUUUCGGAUACUGUACCAAAUCUGCCAAAUUGUAAAACUUUGUGUCCGUUCCUUUUUCACUUCCUUGGCUGUGACUGAACCAGUUUGAACCAGUGCAAAGUCCUGGUGUCAGUGCAGGAGUUGGACCCUUAGGAGGCUUACAGUGUCUCCUGACAGGACCUGCCAGCCACUUCUGGGCAAUAAUGUUGGCAUUGUUUGAGGUGGCAGACAGGAUACCUGCUUUCUGAUGUAUUUUAGGGAGUAGCUGAGCCAAGGGGAAGUUAGAUGAUUCAAAGAGAAACAAGGGAUUCUUGGUUCAACUGAAGACUUCAUUUGGGAACCAAAAACCUUAACAAAUAAUCUCUUGGACAUUAAGCCACAAAUUCUCCCUGAAAAGUAUGCAUCUUUUCUGGCAAAACCUUAAACUGGGGUUAUGUUAUUGAGGAAUGAACUCAGAUGAAUAUGUAGACGUGUUAUUUAACAGCAUACUUUACUAGAAAUCUGAAGACCUGCAGCAGAUUUAAAAUUCCAACUCUUGUUACAGCUUUUUAAAAGAUUGUGAAAUUAUCAAAAUGCACAUGAAUCAAGUUUUAUAUACUGUAUGAUGGGUAGAUGAGGCUGUUCAUUUUACCAUUUCUCUUCUUUGGAUUCUCAGGCAUGGUUUUGGCAAUGCAAGAACUCUGUAACAGUAACAAAUUCAAUAAAAAGUAAAUAUAUGGAUUUUGGAGUGUAAUUGUUUUUAUUCUAAAAUCCUAACCUAUAUUCUUUCUUUGAAAAUGGUGAAUUGAUGUCAUGCUUCCUUUGCUGUGGGAGAGUAGAUAAUACUCUUAGGAGUGUAUUUUCUGUUCAAGAAAUGUUUACAGAGCACUCUUGAGUGCUAGGAAGACUGAGAUGGGGAAUAAAAGUGGCUACAAAGCUGUGAUGAUAUUCAGUUCUUUUCUAAAGAUAAGGCAGGCAUUGAAAUUAGUUUUUGUCAUCAUCCCUGUAUUUUGUAUUUUAAACCAUGGCAAGGAAAUAUAUUUUUUACUCUGAAGACUAAAGAUUUGGGGCUUAGUCCUUUGAAAAACUUCUAAAUUUCUCAAAUUUUAGCCACCAUUUUAAAUUUCAGGAUUUAGUCUGAAUUAUUGUAGUCCUUAAACUUCUAAACAUGAGAAAGUAUCUUUUAAGUCAUUUUGAUAAUUGAACUUAAAUAUUUAAUGUUAACAUUUUACUACUUGAUCACUAUUUGUACUUGAUUGUCUAGUUUAUUUCCUCCAGGUCUUUUGCGAAGUGUCUCCUUAUGAGUAAGGUCUUCCUUGACAGCCCUAUUUAAAAUAGAACAUCCACACAUAAACACACAGUCUCUGUCCUAGGCUAGGUUCUCUAGAGGAGCAAAACCAAUGAAGUGUAUAUAUAUAUAAACAUAUAGAGAGAUUUAUUUUAAGGAAAUGGCUCCUGCAGUUGUGGAGACUGGCAAGUCCCAAAUCCAUGGGUCAGGCAUCAGGCCAGCUUGAGGCUUCUCACUCGUAGGGGCUGGCAAACCCAAAAUAGGCAGAUCAGACAGCAGGCUGCUGGCUCAUGGGGCUGUAGGAGCUGGUGAAUCCUAAAAUCGUGUUGGCUCACGUACCAAGAACUGGAGGUCAAAGGAUGAUGAGUCGGAUGCAGGAUCAAGAGACU